UCUUCUGUGUCUCACACAGUUUUCCAGGAGGACCAGUCCUUGUCAGACUCCCUACACACACACCCCAGCACGGACAGCUGCAGCGCCGACCAACAACCAUGGCUUCACGGGACACUACCUCUCUGCUCGUCGGACUUCUGGUCCUGUUUUACACCUGGGGAGUGUGGGCUGAUGUGGAGGUGAGCAUGGAGGACAGAGUGGAGGUGUUCAGAGGAGAAACUGCUUCGAUCACCUGCAUGUUCACAUCUACUGAAGGCAUUGGCGGGAUGAUCAUACAGUGGUUCUACGUGACACGGACGGGUGAGAAGCAGAAAAUCUACUACCAGGACAGCACCAUGCAGUUUGUAGACCGAGGCACACAGUUCACAGACAGGAUCAGCGUGAAUGGCACCGGAGCCAGUGAAGCGAUAGUUCUGACUAUCAGGGAUGUGCGCCUGGAAGACGAGCUGGAAUUUAUCUGUCUCAUCAAAGGUCUAACGGAUGGGACCGGGGAGGGACGGACAAAGCUGAAGGUGUUUGAAAAACCGGACUAUCCCACCAUUGAGGGUGUGCAAACAGGGAUCUCAGUUAGCGAACCCGGCCCAUCCAAGAUUGCGACCUGUGAGGUCAAAAAUGGCUACCCCAAGCCAAACAUCACUUGGUACAGAAACAACGCACCACUACGCGUUGCUCAGGAUGUGGUGUUGGUGAUGCCCAGCACCACUACUGAAUCCACCGGUCUCUACUCAGUGAAGAGCGAGCUGAGCAUGAUGGUGAUGAAGGAAGACAAAGAUGAUCAGUUCUACUGCGAGAUCACCUACUUUGUUCCCGGAGGAGUGGGGAUGCUGGAGUCUGAACGUAUUAACAUCACUGUAUACUACCCCUCCACAGCUGUGAGUGUUUGGGUGGAGUCACCAAAGGGCAAAAUCAAAGAAGGGGACUCGGUCGAGAUUCAAUGCCGUGGCAAUGGGAAUAAGCCAUCCUCCUUCGUAACAAUCAGUCAUGAUGGUAAAGAUCAUGAAGGCAAGAUGCUGCUGCUGGAGAAUGUGACUCGCCGCGACAGUGGAGAUUACAUAUGCACCUCUACGGACACGGACACCUUUGAGGACAUCACGGGACAAAUUUCUGUGUUUGUAAACUACCUUGAUCCUGCUGUUGUGAGGCCUGGAGACACAAUUGUGGUGCCCCAGGGAAACGAGCUGAAGGCCACCUGCAAUGCCCUCUCCUCGCUCCAAACACAGACUGUCUGGUUUAAGGAUGGAGCGGAGGUUUCAGUGGGCAACAUUUUGACACUUAAGGACGCUAUGUUCGACAUAGCAGGGACGUACAUGUGCGUGGUGACUGUUCCUGAGAUCGAGGGAAUGGAAACCAGUGGGACACUUCAUGUUUAUGUCGAGGGCCCACCAGAGAUCAUGCAGCCAGAGUACACAAAAGUGGAGGAGAGUUUUGAGAACACAGUCGAUCUGAGCUGCACUGCCAGAGGUUUCCCUGCUCCCAAUAUUGUCUGGACCACCUCUGAUGGAAAGAUCCUCAAGUCAGCAUCCCAAACAGACACCGACGAUGGGGUUCAGAGUGUGGUCAGCAUCAAGGUCACCUCUGACAUCACUGCCUUCUGCAAUGCCUCUAAUGAGUUUGGCACUGCCGCGGUGACCUUCAGCAUCACAGCCACUAUAAACACCACCACAACAGCCACCACUGCUAGUACCCCUACUAGUAGCACUACUAGUAGCACUACCACUACCACUACCAUUUCCUCCGCCACAGUCAAAGCAGAAACAGCUAUCCCAAAGCAAUCCCCAGAGAAAGUCAAACAAGAGGGCAGAGGUGUGAUCAUUGCAGUCAUCAUCAUCUGCAUCCUGCUGCUGGCCAUUUUGGGGAGUGUGCUCUACUUCCUAUACAAAAAAGGCAAGCUCUGUGGACGGUCCGGCAAACAAGACCUCACCAAAGAGAAGUCCAGCAAAGAUAACAUCGUGGUGGAGAUGAAGAGCGACAACACAGAGGAGGCCGUGCUUCUCGGAAUCAACGGAGAAAAGCUGCCUCCCAGCGACCAGUAAAGAGCGGUGAGUACCUGGAUGUACAGAAGUGAAGAGGCGACAGCAGACACACCAACAGCUGCUCCUGUUCCUCCCUCUCAGGCUCAGACCGGCCGAGGCCUUCAAGCUUCCACCACAGCUCCUUAACCCAGAGUUACGUCAUGGAGAAGCUCAGUCGUGUGUCAGUUAAUAUCAUGAUGCACGACUGAGACUCAAAUGACUCCAAGCUGCAGCUUUUGCUUAGUGUCCUUUACAUCCAGCACUUUUCUGUUGGAAUGAGCUUUAAUGAGGAGUGAUUUGAGCGCUCCAUGACGUAACUCUGUUACCUUUAAACCAAGGACUAUCCUUCGCCUAUAGUUCUCAGUACCACGAGCCUUGUAUACUGCUGAUUGUCCUUAGAACAAUAAUUUGAGCACAGCAUUGACCAGAGACUGUUUUUAUACCCAACUACGCAUCACCUCAGGCAAAGUAAUCACUGAAGAGCAGCCUGAAACAGGUCUUUAUCAAGUGUACAUAUUAUAAUCUAUGUAUAUAUUUCUUUAUUUAAAAUAACUCUAUAGAAAAAAACAACCAAAAAUAAAUGACCCGAUAGUGUUUCAUUUUGUUUGGGUGCUCUUUAUGGGAAGCAAGAAGAGCUUAGGCAGAUGUCUUGUUUUUAUUUUGAACAUUUCUUUGUCUGUGUUUCCUGUUUUGCAUAAGUCUGUACACUGAAAUCUUCGGGGAUGCAGCGAUGUGUCCUCCUACAGCCAGUUACAGCCUCACCAAAGUUUUUCCUUUUAGCUCUGAAAACAAACUGUUAAGAUCACUUAAUCACACAUCAUUCAUAGUUUCCCCUUCUCUGCAGCUCGUCCUUACACUUCACAGAUUGUGCAUAUUGAAGAAGAUAUUUUUACACUUUCUAUAAUGUCCAUGACUGUAAUGCAUUAUAAACAUACUUAGAAUCUGCUUAUAACACUGUAUAAUACGCAUUCAUAACUGUUAGUAAUGUUUUGUAGCAAUACCACAUUGUAAAGCAUUUUAUAAUGACUUAUGAGGUCAAGUAUCAUAGUGCUUCAGUAUUGCUGGUCACUCACUGACAUUUUGAUGCAAGGAUCAUAGUGUGUUAUAAUAAUUGUGAAACAUGAUAAUCAUUUUAUAAUGAUUAUAAUCACUCUUAAUGCAUUAUAAUGUGUAGGAAGUUAGGCGGCCAUUGGGUGCUUUAAGUAAAGUAGUGAAACAUUACUCAGGCUGGUUAUAAGUGACUUCAAGUGGUCAUUGUUUGCUUAAGUAAAGCAAAAAAACAUAUCAUUAAAUCUACCAAAGAACGCCCAAAAUGUUGUAAUAUUAAUGUCUUUGUUUGACGGGUCAUUACAGAAAUUGUUUACUCCAGUUUGACACAACUUUUUGAUGAUUAACAACUAAACAAUGGACAUUUACAUUUCACUAAUGUAGCGUUUCUCCCCAAAAAACUCACUCAAAAGUAGGGAUAUUUCUAGACUAAUUUACUUGACAUGUAAACAGAAGUUAAAUCUUAGACUCUAAAAGUCAGACUACACUAAAAAAAAUAGUCAAAAUUAAGCACAAUUUAAUCUAUAAGGUUAAAUGUUGUCCAAAAAAGGAUUGCAUAUAUUUUAAAAGUCAUUUCAAAUCCAUCAUAGUUUUCAAUAACCAAAUAAUAUUUUAAAUCCCACUGAAAUGUGUGACACUUUGCAAUGUGCAUUAUGAAUAUUACACACAGUCUUAAAAAACACUCAACAACUCAUCAAAAAGCAAACAUAACAUUUAUUUACUGUGUAUAAAACGUCCCGAAUCAUCUCCAUUUAAAAACACCCACACACACACUCAUGUCCAGGCGUCUGCGGAUCUCCGUGUGCCCAACUAAUAACAAGCCAAAGCAUCUCUCUCAUUUAGCCUAACAAGUAGACAUCCAGCCAGUGUGAGUGUGUGUGGUUGUACAUGUGUGUGUGAAACAGAGAGAGCGAGGAAGAGCCUUUGAUGAUCAGAGCCGCUGGUUAGUCUUGCAUGCUGAUCUGAACUCCUCUCGUUUUCCUCUGGGUGUCCUGUUAAGUUUAACCGACUAGUCAUCGACUAACGGCACACAUUCCUGCUCUAAAGACUCAACUGACACAAAUUAUGGAUAUUACCUGAAACUUUUGUCUAUGUUUAUAGUGUAUUGUAGACACGCGCUUGCCAAAAAUGUCCGUGAGUGACCAGAAGUUAAGUUUUAUGCUAAUUGUAUCGUAGAAGUCAUUUUAAAAUGCUUUAUAAUGCCUUCUGAUUAUUUUAUAAAGGAUGAUGACUAUUUAUGGGUGCUGACAACUAACUGUAAUGCAUUAUAAUCAGCUCAUAGCACUGUAGAAGUAUGUUUAUAAUGCAAUGUAGACAUGGGAAUCAUAGAGAGUGUCACCAAUGUUUGUGCGAGACGGGUGAAUAAUCUUCAGCAUUUGACAUAGAAGGGUUAACAUUAUUUGUUAUUCGCUUAUUUUAUGGUUUCUGUCCUUCACAGACUAUUUUUUUAGAUGUUUUUUAUGUGUGUGUUUGAGUUGAAGCAUUGCCAACAGCCAAGUAAAAAAGUUACAGAUGCCUUAGAAGUUCAGUCCAAGCCUGUAGAAAUAUCAUCAUUUGUAUUGUUAGUUAUGUUUCUAUUUAAUGUUCAGUGCACUGAUUUCUUUGUGGUUCUUCAUGCAGUUGUGUUUCUCUAAUGUGAAACAGUGGUUUUGUUAAAUGUGACUGUACGUGAAUGAAAAGUAUUUCUUUUGUUUAGCUAUUUUUAGUUCUUGAAGAGGGAGGAUGAGGAACAGAUUAUUGGCCCAUGGUGAAAAUGGCUCACGGCAUGAAGUUGCCCUCCUCAUGAGAAAAAGACACAUUUCUGUUUGAUGAAGUAAUUAAUUCAUGUUUUGACUGAAACUUGAAAUAAUCUGUCGGAUCCCAGAGAGACACAGAAUCCCCCUCAGACAUGAAGACUAACUACAGUAUGUGACUACUGAAGAGGGGGGAAUGACUGUGACUCCACAUAUGCAAAUUAAGUUUGUAGACAAUCAACAACCAAGAUGCACUGUGCUCAGUAAUGUGCAUGUCCAUACUCACACUUCCUUCCCUCUGUCAGUUUCGUUCUGCUGUUUUUACGAACUACCACUGUUACAUUGUUUUGGAUGUUUAAAAUCUGUAAAAUACCUUGGAGUUGUGAAAUGUUGAAAUUAUUGUCAUUGAUGACAUUGAAACCAAUUUACCAACAAAUUCAUUGUUUGUAGUUUUUGAAAAUUAUACCAAAUAAAGAUUGACUGUUAAAUGAAA